UAUCUGCACACUAAGGCACUAAAUUGGGCAACAGCUGUUGUGUUGGAUCAGUCAGAGAGCCACGAGUCAAACGCACCGGUCAUUAUAAACACACUCUCUUCAUCUAUUUGGCGGGUAAUUCAGGAAAGCAGUGAUGGCCCGUAAAUACAGCAGGAAAGAGUAUCUGUCAGUCAAAGACCUGGAGAAAGUUCUGGACUCGUGUAAGUUAAACUUGCACCAAAUCGAUGAGGUUUGGCCAAACCUGUACAUCGGAAACGUAGGAAUAGCACAGAACAGAAACGCCCUGCAGAAACUCGGCAUCACUCAUAUUCUGAACGCCGCUCACUCCAAGAGAGGAAGCAUUGGGGACCAAAGGUACUACGGCACUAGUUUUGUGUACUGCGGUAUCCCCGCUGAAGACUCCACACACUUUGAUUUGGAUGUUUACUUCAAACCGGCAGCAGAUUUUAUUCACAAGGCUCUCAACACUCCUGAUGGAAAAGUUCUGGUGCACUGCAUCAUGGGAAUGAGCCGGUCCUCGACGCUCGUGCUGGCGUACCUGAUGCUGUAUCACGACAUGCCUCUGCACACGGCCAUACGCCGCAUCGUCCAGAAACGAGCCAUCUAUCCCAACAGGAACUUCCUGGCUCUGCUGCUGGAUCUGGACCUACAGAGGAAGAGGAAACACAGAAGAUGUGUCCUGCUGUGAGCCAACACCUACAGGACUGAUCACAUGAUCAAAAUAAUCAGAACACCAUGUCCUGACCAGGCCCGACGUGACAAGAACGAGAACAAAUGCAAUUGACCUACUUAAUAUGCAGUAAUGAGGAGCUGGAAUAUGGACCAAUGAGAUUUGACUGGGGGUGGAGCUACAUAAUGCAGCACUCCGUAUAUAUAUAUAUAUAUAACAUAUACACUACCUCCAUGUACAGCAGACUCUGGACCAUCACACACACACUACACAACAACUACACAACAGGACCAAAACACCUCAGGAUCAUGCAAACGUGACAUGCAUUACUGUUCAGAAGCUCGGGGUCAGCAAGAUUUUUUUAUGUUUUUGAAAGAGUCUCUUCUGCUCACCAAAGCUGCAUUUAUUUGAUCAAAAAUACAGUAAAAAAAUGUGAUAUAUUAUUAUAAUGUACAUCAGCUGUUUUCUAAGUGAAUAUAUAGUAAAGUGUAAUUUAUUCCUGUGAUCAAAGCUGAAUUUUCAGCAUCAUUACUCCAGUCUUCAGUGUCACAUGAUCCUUCAGAAAUCAUUCUGAUAUGAUGAUUUGCUGCUCAAGAAACAUUUAUGAUUAUUAUCAGUGUUGAAAACAGUUAAUAUUUUUGUGGAAAACAUGAUACAUUUUAUUUUUCAGGAUUCUUUGAUGAAUACAAAGUUCAAAAGAACAGCAUUUAUUAGAAAUAGAAUCUUUUAACAUUAUAAAUGUCUAAUUGACUGCAGCCUUGCUGAAUAAAAGUAUUCAUAUUCUUUCAAAAUCAAACAAAUCUUUCCGAACUCAAUCUUUUAUGUGUAUUGUACAUUAAAUAUGUUGCAGAUGUCAAAAUAAAUAUAUUGUGAGUUGUCUUAUAUCAGUGAUACAUGUGUAGAAUAUGUAAAGUCAACAAAAAAUGCUUAACUGACCUUAAAAUACUGCUUUUUAAUCACUAUAUAGGCAAAAUUAUUGAUGAGGUUGGAUUCUGUAGUUCAAUCUGUACAUUUUGAUUCUUUGAAUAUAUAUAUAAAAAGCAGGUGCGUAGGAAAGCGAA